CAUGACGCAUGACGACUGGAAACGUCACGGUGCCUGUCGCCAUUACAUAUACUUUUUGCGAUUUCUGUUGAAAGAAAUUGCUUGUGUCAAGUAAACAGCGCGCGAUUUGUAUUCGUUUUUAAAUUGAGAAGGAUAGUUGACCUUGGUUUUUAACUAUAACAUAGUACAAACGUAAGUUUUUAAAGUGGAUUUAUUAUUGAGUAAAAGACUGUGUUUUGCUUGUUUUGAUAAUUAAUUAUCAAUUAUCGAGGUGUUCAAGAUGGCACCACCAAGAAGAAUAUUGCGCCAACAACUGGAGAUUUUAAUGGACUUUUUGGAAGAAAAUAAAGACAUGUCUAAAGGUUUGCCUCCUGGCACACCUGUGUCACACCAUGCAACUCGGCAGAAGUGGGCAGCAUUAGCUAAGAAACUAAAUGCAGUACAAAGUGGAACUUUGAAGACACCUGACGGUUGGAAGAAAUAUUGGUUUGAAUGGCGACAUAAAUGCAGGAGAAAAGCAGCAGAUGGCCGAAGAUUUCAAUCAACCUCAGAAGGUGGUACAAAUAGAUUUGUACCACUCAAUGACUUAGAAGUGAGAGUCUUAGAGCUUAGUGGAAAGGGAUCGGUGACAUCCUCAAAACCAAAUACAAAACAAAUAGAAGACUUUUUACCUGAGGACUCAGAUUCUGAACAACAAAUGAUUGAUGAUGCUCCCAUAAAACCUAUUGCAAGAGUAAAGCGAUCAGUUAGUGCCACAAAAGUAAAUGCAGAUGACACAUUCUCCGAUGAGUCACCUCCAAAAUGGGCUUUAGAAUUGGAAGAAAGAAGAAUAUCAGCGGAAGAGAGAAUAGCAGAAGCACUACAAUCUAUAUCAAAUAUAAUGCUAGUACAAGAAGAAAGACGGAAAUUGCUCGACAAUCGUAUGGCAGAUGCUCUAACUGCUAUUGCUGGGACAUUACAAGAUUUAAACAGUGGCUUACAGGACACCUUACAACGCUUAAUUCCUAGUGAACCAAGUUUAAAAAAUGAUGUAUUCUAUAGAUAAGUUUGCAUAGUGUUUCAGUAGUUUAUGUGCGUGCCAUUUUGUAUAAUAAUUUGUGUAUAGAAAUAGUUUUUUUUACAAUUAAGUUAUUGAUAUUAAAGCUGAUUAUGAUAUAGAAUUUUUUUUUUAACUGAAGGAAAAUAAGAGACAAUAAUCAGGUAAGAUGCUGAGAAUUAAAGUAAUAAUUCUGUUCACCCAAUUUAUUUAUUUUUUGUUAUUUUGUAACAUUCAGGACAUGAAACU